GGGAGAGGUAGCUUGUCAGUCUCUGUUGUAAAGGCAGUGCUGCGUGCGCUGAUCUCCCGGCUUUUGUUUCAGGAGCUGAAGACACACCGUCAUUUAAGCAGGAUCUCAAAAUGAAACGAGUUUGGGUGAUAGGUCUUCUUUUCGCACUAUUAACCUUUGCGGCUGUAAAGGCAGAGGAUGAACUUGACGUCGAUGGGACCGUAGAUGAGGACUUGGGUAAAAGCAGAGAUGGCUCCAGAACAGAUGAUGAGGUGGUGCAGAGAGAGGAGGAGGCUAUCCAGCUGGAUGGAUUGAAUGCAGCUCAGAUCAAGGAACUCAGAGAAAAGUCAGAAAAGCACGUCUUUCAGGCUGAAGUCAACCGUAUGAUGAAGCUGAUUAUCAACUCCCUCUACAAGAACAAGGAGAUCUUCCUUAGGGAGCUGAUUUCCAAUGCCUCAGAUGCUCUAGAUAAGAUCCGCUUGUUGUCUCUGACCAAUGAGGAUGCAAUGGCCUCCAAUGAAGAGCUGACCAUCAAAAUAAAGUCUGAUAAGGAGAAAAACAUGCUACACAUCACUGACACUGGCGUUGGAAUGACCAAAGAUGAGCUGGUGAGAAACUUGGGCACCAUUGCCAAGUCUGGCACCAGUGAGUUCCUCAACAAGAUGAAUGAGAUGCAGUCUGACGGACAGUCAACCUCAGAGCUGAUUGGCCAGUUUGGUGUGGGUUUCUACUCUGCUUUCCUCGUUGCCGACAAAGUCAUUGUGACGUCAAAACACAACAAUGGCACCCAGCACAUCUGGGAGUCUGACUCUAAUCAGUUCUCUGUCAUUGAGGACCCCCGUGGAGACACACUGGGCAGAGGAACCACCAUCACGCUGGUCAUGAAAGAGGAAGCCUCGGACUAUCUGGAGCUGGAGACCAUCAAAAACCUUGUCAAGAAAUACUCUCAGUUCAUCAACUUCCCUAUCUAUGUCUGGGCCAGCAAGACUGAGACCGUUGAGGAGCCCAUCGAAGAAGAUGCUGAGGCGGAACCAGAGAAAGAGGCUGCUGAAGAUGAUGUCGAAGUAGAGGAAGAAGAGGAAGACAAAGACAAACCUAAGACAAAGAAGGUUGAGAAGACUGUGUGGGACUGGGAACUGAUGAAUGAUAUCAAGCCCAUCUGGCAGAGACCAGCUAAGGAGGUUGAGGAGGAUGAGUACAAGGCUUUCUACAAGACAUUCUCUAAAGACAGCGACGAUCCUCUGACCCACAUCCACUUCAUGGCUGAGGGUGAGGUUACCUUCAAGUCCAUCCUGUUUGUGCCCACUUCAGCUCCCCGUGGCUUGUUUGACGAGUAUGGCUCCAAGAAGAAUGACUACAUCAAGCUGUUUGUGAGGAGAGUUUUCAUCACAGACGACUUCAACGACAUGAUGCCCAAGUACCUGAACUUCGUAAAGGGAGUGGUUGACUCUGAUGACCUUCCCCUGAAUGUGUCCAGAGAGACUCUGCAGCAGCACAAACUGCUCAAGGUCAUCCGCAAGAAGCUGGUGCGUAAGACUUUAGACAUGAUCAAGAAGAUCGCAGAGGAACAGUACAACGAAAAGUUCUGGAAGGAGUUUGGAACCAACAUCAAGCUGGGUGUCAUUGAGGAUCACUCAAACAGGACCCGUCUGGCCAAGCUGCUGCGCUUCCAGACCUCCAACAGCGAAACAGUCCUGUCCAGCCUGGAGCAGUAUGUGGAGCGCAUGAAGGAGAAGCAGGACAAGAUCUACUUCAUGGCUGGUACCAGCAGGAAGGAGGCUGAGUCUUCUCCCUUCGUUGAGAAUCUGUUGAAGAAGGGUUACGAGGUGAUCUACCUGACAGAGCCUGUGGAUGAGUACUGCAUCCAGGCACUGCCUGAGUUUGAUGGAAAGCGCUUCCAGAACGUGGCAAAGGAGGGUGUCAAAUUUGACGAAAGUGACAAGGCCAAGGAGAAGAGGGAGGCCCUGGAGAAGGAGUAUGAACCUCUCACCACUUGGCUGAAGGACAAGGCCCUGGCGGACAAGAUUGAGAAGGCUGUCCUCUCUCAGAGACUAACCAAGUCACCUUGCGCUUUGGUUGCUAGUCAGUACGGCUGGUCAGGAAACAUGGAGAGGAUCAUGAAGGCACAGGCUUACCAAACAGGCAAAGACAUUUCCACAAAUUACUAUGCAAGCCAGAAGAAAACAUUAGAAAUCAACCCCAGGCAUCCUCUCAUCAAGCAGAUGCUUAACAGAGUCAAAGAUAAUGCCGAGGACCAGACUGCGUCAGACCUGGCUGUGGUUCUGUUUGAGACGGCUACGUUGCGCUCAGGCUACCAGCUGGCUGACACAAAGGCUUAUGGAGACAGGAUAGAGCGCAUGCUCCGACUCAGCAUGAAUGUUGCUCUGGACGAACAGGCAAAGCCAGCAGAGGAUGACUCUGACGAUAAAGAGGAAGACUCUGAAGAUAAAGAAAUUGUAGAUGAGGAAGACGAUGAAGAAAUGCAAACCGGUUUUGACCACAUUCAUAGACUGAUAACAGGAAUGAGUAUAGAAAUUCCUGAAGGUCUGACGGAGCUGUUACAGAGCUUUACCGUGGAAGUGUUGAGAAAUCAGCCCAGGGAUUUGCUCGAGUUUGCAUUACAGUACUUCACCCAGCUGAAGGAAAGGGAGACCAAAGAGGCCUCAUUUGGCAAUGACCAAAAUUCGGCCCCAAGACCUGGAAAAGCAGUCAGUUUCAUUGACGAAGCCAUGCAGAUCGAUUCGGAAAACGGAGAGGAGGAGGAGGACGACGAUGACGAGGAAUUCAUAGCCCCGGUAAUAAACAGAUUCGUCAGAAGAGCGUCAGUGUGUGCUGAAGCGUUCAAUCCUGAUGAAGAUGAGGAGGGUAAAGAGCCAUGGGUCACCCACCCAAAAACUGAUGAGCAAAGACAGAGACUACAGGAAGCAUGUAGGGGCAUUCUUCUGUUCAAGAAUUUGGAUCCGGAAGAGAUGUCUCAGGUGCUGGAUGCCAUGUUUGAGAAAUUCUGCACUGAAGGGGAGCACAUCAUUGAUCAAGACGAUGAUGGGGACAACUUCUAUGUUAUUGAAAGUGGGACAUUUAACAUUUUCGUCAAGGGUGAGGGCACAGAGAAGCUGGUAGGCUGCUAUGACAACCGAGGCAGCUUUGGAGAACUGGCGUUGAUGUACAACACCCCCAGGGCCGCCACAAUAAUCGCCACCUCGCCAGGAGCCCUUUGGUGCCUAGAUCGUCUGACAUUCAGGAGGAUCUUAGUGAAGAACAAUGCCAAGAAGAGGAGGCUGUAUGAGGCAUUUAUUGAAACGUUACCACUGCUUACGUCAUUAGAGCUCUCAGAGAGAAUGAAGGUAGUAGACGUACUAUCCACCACAGUGUACAAUGAUUCACAGCAGAUUAUUGCUCAGGGUGAUUUAGCAGAUUGCUUCUACAUUGUUGAGUCUGGCCAAGUUAGAAUCACCAUGACAAGAAGCAGGACGAAAAAAGACCAGGGGGAAGAAGAGGUGGAUAUCGCCACAUGCUCUAGGGGCCAGUAUUUUGGAGAGUUGGCGCUUGUCACAAACAAGCCCAGAGCUGCAUCAGCCUAUGCUGUGGGGACCGUCAAAUGCUUGGUCAUGGACGUUCAAGCCUUCGAGAGAUUGCUGGGCCCGUGCAUGGACAUCAUGAAGAGAAAUAUUGCUAACUAUGAGGAGCAGCUGGUGACCCUCUUUGGAAGUAGCACUGAGAUUGAGCAACAAAGUGUACGAGACGGCUCCAAUGGACCAUGAAUCUGUGGAUGAAAAAAGAAAAUGCUUGUAUGGAUGCUUUUCUUCAUAAUCACUUAAACAGUUUUCUUACAAGAAAUGUGAAUAAUCACUACAACAUUUGUGUGUCAGAUAAAUAAAACGGACAACAUCAGA